UUGCUUUUGACUUAAUCUCUGACUCUUCAUCGCCAUGGCAGCUGUGGUCAGCUACUCGCCACCUUGGUGGGUGAACCUGCUGCACAGACUUCCCCACUUCAACUUAAAGUUUCAGCAAACAAGCAGUGAUUUCCAGCCAGAAGACUGGACAUAUCAGCAGUCCAUCUUGUUGCUGGGGGGGUUGGCGCUUGCCUGUUUGGUUCUGGACCUCCUGUUUCUCCUCUUCUACUCCAUUUGGCUUUGCUGCCGGCGCAGCAAAACCUCUGAACAGCCCAACGCCGACUGCUGCUGCACGGCCUGGUGCGUCAUCAUCGCAACACUCGUGUGCAGUGCUGGCAUAGCUGUUGGUUUCUAUGGGAAUGGCGAGACUUGCGAUGGAGUGAAUCGACUGACGUAUUCCCUCCGCCAUGCUAACCGCACAAUCACUGGAGUCCAAAAGCUGGUAUAUGAUAGUACGUCGUCGUUGAACCAGACAGUGGACAAGGAUCUGCAACAGCUUGAGGGCCAGUAUGCUCAGCAUGCAGACUACCUCUCUAUCAUCCAAAAGCUGCAGGGCCAACUGGAUGAGCUGGUCAGGCAGAUGGUCGAGAUUCCUUUCUGGGACAACAACCUAAUUUCUCUGGAAGAUUUGUCCACCAGCAUCGAACUGUAUGACUGGUAUAGGUGGUUGGGAUACAUCACGUUGCUACUCUUCGACGUUCUCAUCUGCCUUCUUGUUCUGUUUGGUCUCAUUCGCAACUCAAAGGGAAUACUUAUAGUGGUGUGGUUGUUCGGUGUCGUAGCUCUUAUUAUCAGCUGGGUCUCCCUGGGGCUGGAACUGGCUGUUUCUGCGAGCUCGAGUGACUUCUGCUUUGCUCCUGAUACAUAUGUUACCACAGUAGUGGACCAAUAUGGGGUCAUUGAUAAAGAGAUCCUCCAGUACUACCUUAGCUGCAGUCAGGAGCAAACCAACCCCUUCCAGCAGAGGCUUUCAGGGAGCCAUAAAGCAUUAGUGGAGAUGCAGGACGACGUGUCUGAGCUGCUGCACUCUGCCACCAGAGAAUACAAACAGACCAGGGGAAGUUUGGAAGAGAUUCAGGGGGUUCUGAACACCACUGAAAUCAGCCUUCAUCAGCUCACGGCGCUGGUGGACUGUCGCAGCCUGCACAUGGACUAUGUUCAGGGCAUGACGGGACUGUGCUACGACGGACUGGAAGGCGUCAUCUACCUCUUGCUCUUCUCCUUCGUGACUGCGCUCAUGUUCAGCUCCAUCGUCUGCAGCGUGCCUCACACCUGGCGUGGCAAGCGGAGCGAUGAGGACAGUGUAGAUGAGUCUCUGAGCCCCGCCGGGCGGCAGACCCAUGACAGCCUGUACCGGGUCCACAUGCCCAGCCUGUACAGCUGUGGCAGCAGCUAUGGGAGCGAGACGUCCAUUCCUGCCACAGCCCACACCGUCAGCAACGCUCCGGUCACAGAGUACAUGGCUCAGAACUCCAACUUCCAGAACUCUCGCUGUGAAAACACGCCACUGAUCGGACGCGAGUCCCCUCCUCCCUCUUUGUAUUUGACUCCCGCGGACAGUAACAGCGGUCACUGCUGGCAGUUAAAGCCCUCGGAGAGUUCAAGAUCGUUUUGGUAACUUCAUCUGCUUUACUAACAGUACACCUCCAGUAUGCGGGCAAAGUACUUGGCCAACAGUCGACCCGAUCCCAACAACCCUCCUGCUCAUUAAGUCUCUCCACUCUCCACCAGUCUGCAGCGCUGCACAUCUCUGAAGCCUCUCCUCCACUGAUCAGUCCCAUUUCUUCUGCUUCCUGCUUGUUUUCUCUGUAUCAGUUUAUUUGAACCAAACAUGCUUUCUCCAGCUUGGCUGAAGCAGAACCAGAGGACAUGAAUCAGAUUGCAAAACUGUGAGUCAGAAGUACAGAUAUACACUCCAUUGUUCAUCUUUGCACAAUGGAUCCGGGCAGCACCCGGAUCAUUAAGGGUGCUGCAACUGAACUCCUGAGCUGAUCCAAUGGACUUGAACGAUUUUUAGCUAUAAUUCAUGAUGAUAUCAAACAUGGCGGUUUAAGUACUGUAACAUACUCUGUGUUUACGCUGGAAUCUGUAGAUAUGAUCUUUCACACUCUGCUUUGAUCUACUUGUUCCAUUGAUUAGAUUAACUUUAGCUUGUUAAGACUACUGUUUUUGGAGCUUGAAUCGUACUGUACUUGUGGCACAUCCAAAACACACUAACACACUUGGCUUAUAGUGACAUUCUGUCUUAAAUCUGUUGUCUGGGACCAGUUUUCCUGUGGUAUUGCAUGUUUGACCACAGUCUUGUUUCUUUCUUCUUAUUGGUUGACUUUUAAAUAUAUAUAUAUAUAUUUUACAAUGUGCCCCGUUUUCACAGCAGUUGCUACUCACUUGUUAAGCUCUGACCUGACACGUGUUUUAUUUGGUUGAAUGAAACAACAAGUUGGAAUUUAUUUUUCCAGCAGAUGACUGUGAAAAAGACAAGUGUGUGGUCACUUCAAGGGUUUAAGGAUUAAGUAGGAGUUCCCUGUAUUUUAACUGCCAGUAAUGCUCUCUGUGGUUCAAAUGGUUCACACACAAAAGAAAUGCAGUAAUCAUCCCAGUAGGAGUUUCGACUUGAUAAAAAUGGCUUUUUCUCUAGAGGCUUUUUUUGGAGGAAAUGUAAUGCAUUUGCAAUGCGGUGCCUCAAAUGUGUUUUAGCAUUUAUAUAAUACUCAGAGAAAGUAGUGGGUGCUGUGAAAGGAUUGUGAAAUCUUCAACUUUCUGUGAAAAAAUUAAUAAAAAAUUGAAAUUCUUUUUAUGAAAAUAAUGUUGCAGCAUGACGAACCUUCAAAUGUGGAGUGAGUUGUUUUGUAUUUCAGCUGCCUCUGCUUGCUUCUUAAAAUGUGAUCUGUGUAAGAAGUGAUGUUGAGACUGUGCCAACAACUUAAGCACAAAUCUUUUAGUAUCUCAGUAACUUUUUAGAUGUUUUUUUUUUUUUUUUUCAACCAACAGCUCCCGAGUGGCUGUAAAACAAAAAAUGAGCCUGAGUUUUUCAAAAUAUUUUUUUUUCUUUGGUAAUUCACUGAUGCAGUCUGGGUUUUUGUUUUCUUUUUUGUAGUAGUAGUAUUGAUCUUUUUGUAAUGUACAGGUAAAGAUGAUUACAAAACAUUUCCGACUCUGAAAUCUUUAUUUUUUUCUAUCUUUAGAAGGCCUGUGAUUCAUUUUAAGGCAUUUCUUUAUUUUACUUUUUUUUAAAAAUAUGUAAAUAUGAAUAGAUUUGUCUUUUUUUUUUCUUUUGUGUAAUAGACCUGUUUUUUAUACAUAAUUUUGUAAUGUGUUCUUGUAAAGGCUGUGGUCAUGUUGAAGCUUGAAUGCUGUGUUUUGAAAUUAAAGGAACUUUAACUGAA